UCUGUCUGUCAAUACAUAUAUUUUCAUACAUCAGCACUAUUACAAUCUAAUUGUACAAACACCAGUCCAAAAGCCCACAAUGGGCCACACAACAAAACCCAACUACUUAUAAUUAUCAAACGCUUUAUCAACGUUCAGAGAGUUUAAAGUGUCCUGCUCUUCCUAAUUUUCUACUAAUCACAUUAGCAUUGCAUCUUUGCAAUGCUAUAGACAAACAGCGACGCUAAUAGGUCUUGAAUUCGAACUCUCUGCUGUUCGUCCUGUUUGUCUGUCUGUCUGUCUGUCUAUCCAUCUGUUUACCCACACGUUCGUCUAGCCUUUUACUAUCCCAUUCAUACUCCACACUCCACACACCCAUCACCUCCAACAUGCAAAUCAGCAUGCCAUCUGUGUACCGCCUAGCCAAUCAGAAAAACAUAGCAACAACCUCCCACGAGACAUCUCACAAGCUACACCCAUACUUUGUACAUUUCCCAACAUCCUACCAGACCGACGCCCAAGAAGCACGCAAUCAGAGCAACAGGAUUCAAGCAGGACGUCCGGUGAGAGUGUGCGUCUGCAUUGACUCUUGCACAGAAUGGGUGACAAGAGAGAAGAUGGAAAGGUGUACCGUCCAGCAUUGGAAGAAAUUGCCAUGAGAAGGUUUCGGUUGCGUUACUGUACGGCGACGGAUACGUAUUAUAUGCAUGGGAAUGAGAGCGUUUGUCGUCAGCUUGCAGCCGUUGUGGGAGUGGAAGAGGGUGCUUGGAGUAUCGAUGGUGUGAAGAGAUUGAUGGAUGAGGCACAGAGUGAGACAUUCUUGACGUCUGCCAGAUCAGGUGUGAGUGUAUCAGUCUCUUGGAAGAUCGACCUCUCUGGUUGUGGUCUGGUGUUUGAGACUGUUAGAGUUUUAGCUUACGCUGGGGAACAGAACGGAGCUCAGAUUAUUUUUCAUCUGUCUGGUGACAAUGGACAGCGAUGUGCAAUACCACUGGGAAGUCAUGAAAACAUAUCAACCGAUGAACUAUUUGGUAGCCAAACUCUCACUCUGACUGCUUACUUAAGUGAAGGCCCCAGUGGACAGCGUCCGAGGCUUUUCCCAUGCUCACUUGAUGAUCAAGCCUUUUGCCCACUAGACAUCAAAGCAACAUUAAAAACUCAGCGUCGUGGCCAUGAUGUCCCAUACGUCGGAGAGCUUCUUGUCGGUCUACAAUUCGAGGAAACGCGCGACAGAGCUCGUUCAACAGGCCGGAGGACAUCCAUAGAUGUUGGUAUAAAGUCAGGUGCACUGAAGGUGCACAUUGUGCAGGGAGCAUCACUGGCACCACUCAAUAUGAUCAGCGAGAAAUCAGAUCCAUAUGUAAAGUGCUACUUGUUGCCUGACGCCGGCAAGACAACGAAAUGCAAAACGAGCGUAAUCAAGAAGGAACUUGAUCCAACCUACAACGAGCAGUUCUCGUUCGAAGGCACAGCAACCAGCGACCUCCAGCAAGGAGCCCUAGAAAUAUGGGUAAACGACUGGAAUUUAGCACUAAAGAACACGGUCAUAGGUGCAUGUCGUUUGAGUUCUGGAUUGGCAGUAAACAAAGGGAAAGAACGAGGAUUGACUAGCGAUGACGAGACGGCGAGAAAGGCUUCACAAUAGACGAUAUUUUCGUGGAUGGAUUCGACAGGAAGUGAGGUGGAACACUGGGAGAUGAUGUUGGAGAGAACCAACGAGUGGGUCUACAGUUGGCAUGUGCUAAGAGACGAGAUGGAGCCAGGAUAUAAAUAGGUUUCUAUUUUUAGAAUGAAGCUAAUUACGUGGCGGCUAAUGUGUGGGUUUAUUGAUUGUUGAAGUUAUGUUUUCUUUGUGGGCUUCAUCAUGUGGUGGAAGUUUGGUAGGAUUUUUGUUAGGAAAUCCAGUUGGAGAGUCUGUGCCUAGACAGGAAUCAAAGGGUUAAGCUAGUAAUUGAUAUGUCUGAUGCAAUGGGUUAUGUAUUGUGAGAUGCAUACCGCUAAUA